AGAAAAGCAUCACCUUCGAGACAACGCGCGAGGGAGAACUUUACUCUCCUCUUCCUUUAGUUCUCAUCCAUGUCUUGACCACAAUUGAGCCACCAUGUCUGGUGACGACGAAGCGCCUCCGGAGGUCCACCACUAUGAAUACCGUGGCGAGGUGCCCUGGGACAUCCAGAAUUACUGGUCUCAGCGCUACGACCUAUUCUCCAAAUAUGAUGAAGGUGUCUGGUUAACCGACGAUGCUUGGUUUGGAGUCACCCCAGAACCCGUCGCGACCAAAAUCGCAGACCAUAUAGCUCGCGCUGCCCCCGUCGAACGAAAGAUUCUGGUGGAUACCUUUGCUGGUGCCGGAGGAAACUCGAUCGCGUUUGCGCGCUCUGGGCACUGGAAACGAGUCUAUGCUAUUGAGAAGAAUCCAGCAGUACUGAAGUGCGCACAACACAAUGCAGAAAUAUAUGGUGUCGCAGAUAAAAUCACCUGGUUCCUGGGCGACUGCUUUGAGAUUCUCAAGUCUAAGCUGAAGGACCUUGCGCCGUAUAGUGUGAUCUUCGCCAGUCCCCCUUGGGGAGGUCCUAGCUAUCGAGGAGACGCAGUAUUCGACCUGCGAACGAUGGAACCGUAUUCCUUGAAGAAACUCUACACCGAGUUCUCUCUAUUUACUCCACACGUGGUCCUCUACCUUCCGCGCACAUCUGACCUCAACCAGCUGGCUAAGAUGGUUAAAGGUGAUAAGCCUGCUCCGGUGAUGCACUAUUGUAUGAGGGGAGCUAGCAAGGCGUUGUGUGUGUUUUACGGGGGAUUCCAACUUCAGAUCGCUUGAUAGAUAUCCUGUAUCCAUGUACUCUACUUUCAAACCUGCAUAGGACAUCAGGUGCUUGAGAGAUUCUAUCUAACAAUUGCAACACUUAUCGUGAAAUUCUCCAGCAUUUCAAACAAGCUAAUUGCCCGAUGUGGCCUAGUGCCCCGCCCUAUCUUCACGU